CAAUAAGACCUGUCACUCCCAGGCGCAACCUCUUGCGCACCCUCCCCCUCCCCUUAGACACAUAUAUACUAGAGAAAGGCAGAACUCUCAGUCUCUCAACAACGACACGGCCACAGCCGACUUGACAACAACUCAACCUCACCGACCAUGCCUCCACCAAGCCGCGCAGAGCUCUGGAGCGCCGGCCGAGAUGAGACAGUCGAGGUCAACCAGCGAGCUCUGAUUGAUAAAAUCCUUGCUCGAUACUCGGGAGAACAUACUAUCUUCCGAGAGCUGCUUCAGAACGCCGAUGAUGCCGGGGCCCAACAUGUCCAGGUCAAGUUCUACACACGAGCAGGCAUCGACGCCCAAGAGGCCGGCCGACCACCGGCAACAUUGCCAGACGUGAAGCGCGAUGCUAUCCACCGCUACGUCGUCUGCAACGACGGUAUCCCGUUCCGCGGUGAGGACUGGCACCGUCUCAAGAAGAUCGCAGAGGGCAACCCCGACGAGGAGAAGAUUGGAGCCUUUGGAGUUGGUUUCUACUCCCUCUGGAGCGUUUGCGACGACCCAUUCGUCGAGUCUGGUGACAAGUGGAUGGGGUUCUACUGGAAGGACGGCAAGGAUCAGCUUUUGGCCCGUUCAGGUGACUUGCCACCCGGCUCGUCGGCGGCGUCAACGGCUGAACCAACGUCCACCGGCAACCCAUGGACCACGUUCACUAUGGCUCUGCGCGAGCCGACUCCACUCGAGGGCCCCCUCGACUUUGCCCGCUUCCUCGUGACCAGCUUGACGUUCAUGCGGACUAUCAAGCGCGUCGACAUGGUCGUCGACGACAUCAAGGUGCUCGAGGUCCGCAAGGAUAUCAAGGGCAAGACGGGCGUCUCCAGACCCGGCCUCAACACUACGAGCACGAACGCCAUGAUGAGGGUGGCGAGCGUCGACGCCACCACCAUGGUCAUUACGGCCCGUGUCAUGAAGUGGCUGUCAGCCACGGGUGUCACCCCUCCACCAAUCCCACCUCCAUCAGCGAAGACGGCUGCCAGAGGACUUCUUGCUUCCUUCUUCGGCAGAUCUACGCCUGUGCACGACCCAACACCACCCCCUCCGCCUACACCGCCAGAGGACCCAACGGAAGUCGAUGUCCUCGCCCGUGAGAUUCAGACGUUCCAGGCCGACAUCAAGGUCAGCAUUUCCAGCCAAUUCGGCCGCGAGCUUGAACGUGCGACAAAGAAGGCGCCACCUUCCAGAAUGCCUGCAAGCCUGGUGUUUUCUCGCGAGGAUGAGAGCGUCACCGUUAACGGUACGCCGACGGAGAAGAAGGCCGGCGUCGUCUUCUCGGGCCUGUGCCCACCUCUCGAUGGCGACAAGUCUGCCCGCGUGUUCAUUGGUCAGCCGACCAGCCAGACCACUGGUAUCGGUGGACACUUGGCUGCACGAUUCAUUCCCACCGUCGAGCGAGAGUCAAUCGACCUGGUCGACAGGCAUGUCGCCCAGUGGAACCGAGAGCUCCUCUGGGUCGGCGGCUACCUCGCUCGUCUCAUCUACGAGCUCGAGCUGUUCGAGCUCCAGCAGCAGUGGAACAAGACGUCCACCGCGGACCAGGCUGCGCGGGCUCAGAUCCUUGCUCGAGCCCUCCACGCCCUCAAGUUCUUUAGCUUUAGGCCAACGACGCCGUCGGCAGCUGUUGGGUCUGAGAUGGAGUCGGCCUUCUUCUCCUGUGCCAGAAACAACAGCAACCUCCCGCUGCUGUCGACUGCCGGCAUCCUCACUGUCGGUCAGGUCCGUAUCCCGCAUGAAGAGCUCCAGCUCUUCUUGCCCGAACUUCCUGUCUUGACCCCAGCUACGGUCACCUACGCACCUCGCGCUGUCGCUCGCCUCCGCGAGCGUAGCCUUCUGCGCGACAUCGCCUUCGAUGAUGUCGUCAAGCAACUCGGCCAGCGUCCACUGACCGAGAAGGAGAUGGUUCACUGUCUUGCCUGGUGGCAGUCGAUUGCGACUGUUGAGGGUUACAAUCCGCAGGUCCGCGCUCGACUGUUGGACGCGGCGAUCGUCGUCACAGACAACUCGAAGGUCGUACCGCUUGGCGUUAUCCGCAGCUACGUCAAUCCGCAGAGCACCUCCAUCCCCACGGACAUGCCCCUGCCUCCUGACACUCUCCCUUACUCUGUCACAAAGGGCCUCAAGGGAACUCAGAUCCACUCAAUCUUUGGAUGGACGGAGCUCUCGCUCGCCCACUACGUCACGUACCUCGCGACCCCGCCCAUGUCCGGCAACAACGGAGCAGAUCCCGACACAGAUAUUCGUGUCUCACCUGCCUUUGCGGAGCGCGUUUUGACCAUGCUUGGACGAGGGUGGCAGUCGGUCAGUGCGCAUCAGCAAACUGCGAUCGCCGAUGCGCUCAAGGAGGUGCCAUGUAUCCCCACACGCGCCGGGUUCAAGAAGCCCGGCGAGGCGUACUUUGAGAACAACCUCUUGUUCGACGACCUGCCCGUCAUUGCGUUCCCCAAGACCACGGCGAUCAGGGGUGGUCUGGAGAAGAUGCUUUUAGGCAUUGGCGUGAGGAGGACUGUUGACCUCCAGCUCAUCUUUUCUCGUCUUAUCGGCGGUGGCACCUGGGGUUGCUUCGAGCUCAUGAAGUACCUCGUGUCUGUGAAGGACACUCUGUCCAACGAGGAGCUAUCUCGACUCCGUCAGACUGCCGCCUUCCCCCUAGAGCAGGCUCCAUUAGAAGACGGCAGCAAGCCUCAGGUUGUGCGACAGAAACCGAACCAGCUGUACGAGCCAACAGAGGCCAUGCGCAACCUCGGCCUGCCGGUACUCAACUGGGGUGAGGCCAAGUGGAAGUCCAACUCCGACGAGGCGAAGAUGAUGUUCGAGUUGGGGCUGAAGAAGUUCCCGCCUGUCGACGUUCUGCUCGGCAUCAUCGCUGGCAGACCUCCGAUGAACGAGCGCGCUCUGACGUACCUCCUCACCAACAUCCACACCAACUACCCAUCCUUCGAUCCCUCCGCCUACCGCGAUGUUGCCUUCAUCCCCGCGACGGGAGCCGACGGCAAGCAAAUCUUUGGAAAGCCUGGCCAGGUAUUCACGAACCAGGCCUGCUCCAUUCUCGGCUUCGCCGUGGCUCGCCCACCAGUCUCAGCUAUCGAGAAUGCUGCCAAGCUCCGCCUUGCGACGGACCCACCGAUGGAGCAGCUUGUCGCGGCGCUUAUCAACAACCCUCUUCAUGACUUGGACAAGGCCAAGGCUGUGUUCGAGUACCUCGCCUCUCGUGUUGGCACGGCGCAGGUUGCGGCUCUCGCGCCGUUGUCUGUUCGACCGUUCAUCCCAGUCAAGGAGGAGAAGAACCUUCGCCUCGCCCGCCCUGACGAGGUUUACUUCACCUCCAAGACCGGCGUUGAACCCCUGUAUGCGUCCGCCUUUACGUUUAUUGAUUUCGGAGAUCGCGCCAACCUCUUCCUGAGGCAGUGUGGUGUCAUGGCUGAGCCUUCCCACAAAGACAUUGCGCGACUGCUACUUCGUGAUCCUGAGCGCAUGCUUAGACAGGCUGGCUCGUCGUCAAAGUAUAAGGAGCAGCUCCGUCUCCUCGCCGCCAACUGGUCGACCUUUGACUCUCGACUUAUCGCUGAGAUGAAGAACACGGCAUUCCUGCUCGCUUCGCAGCGGGUUCCGAAGGUGGCGAAGGAGAAGGGCCAUUUCGAGGACGACAACUACACUACUGAAUGGGCGCUCUGCAAGGCCUCAGACGCGGUAAUUGUCGACGACGCGGUCCUGCUGCAGUACUUUGGCAAGGACGUCCUCGCAGCUCCCGAGGAGCAGCUCUUGGAGAGAUUCUACGGUCAGCUGGGUUCGCAACCUCUUUCAAACCGCGUCAACACGGAGUCAAUCCCUUCUGGCAUUAAGCCUGGAUCGUCGCGAACUACCACAUCGGCCCAUCGCCAUGUGCUCGAACGCUUGACGAUCUACCUCUCGCAGGCCACCCGCAAGGAUACGGACUACACUGCCGAGUGGCUCUCCAAGGGUGACAACUUUGUCGUGCAGGAGGCGGCGGACAUCAAGGCGAGGUCUACCUACCGCCAUGGACGGGUUAUCAAGGAGCAUGUGGAGACAAAGUACGCUAUGGCGACUCGCGUGCCUCGGCCCAAAGCCAUCGUCCUCACGUUGUCCAUGUCGACGCCGGCAGACUACUACGACGUCGCGGCGAGCUUGUCCCAGGUUCUGCUCAAGAAGGUCCGAGCAGACGACAUCCUCAUUCUCGACUCGAUUCUCUCGACACCACUGAUGGCGCUGAGGAAGCGAGGCUUCAACGUUGACCGUAUUCUCAACCAGCAGAAUGAGGAACGCCUGCGUUUGAAGGCUGAGGCGGCCAAGGAUCGCGAAGCGCAGGUCGCGGCUGCUGCCGCUGCCGAGAAGAACGCUCGCGAGUCGAGUCUGGCUCAGGCGAACGGCGCUGGGGUGGGGCAGCCGAAUGGAACGCAGCCACUGGCUGUCGCACAGAGGCAGGUCGGGCCUAGCGGCAAGCCGUAUGAUCCUGAAGGCCCCGGUGGUGCCGCUGGUGCCGCUGGAGGAGCUGGGUCAUUAUUGGAACAGAUGAGAAAGUGGAGAGGCAGCAUGCCCGGUGCGCUCGGCGGUAGUACCCCGCCGCCAGCCAUUCAAGGUGCUCAGAGCCACCGCGGCGGGCCAAACGGCCCCGGCCUCCCGCAGAUGGGAGGUGGCUCGGGUACCGUCACCACUGCUCGCCCAACCGACCCCGAAAGAAUCCGCAAUACUGUUCGCCACGCCGUCGACGCGUCUCGCCCUGAAACGGGUACGCAGAUCAGCGACACCAAGCGGCGAAUCAACGACGUAUCGGAGAGCCAGGGCCAUUACUGCGACGAAAGCGCCGAGGCUGAUCUACGACUGGCCGUCGACCCCGGAUCGCAGGGUUGCAAGGUCUUCCUCGAGCCUGGCAUGACCUUCACCGAGGAGCAGCAGAAGAUCUGCCAGCGAUUUGCCCAGUACAUUCUCAUUCCCCUGGGCGAGGUCUACGAGCUCAAACCCUCUGUGCUCAACAUCUUCUGGGACACGAACGGCCCACUCAUCGCCUUCAACCGCAGCGGUGCGCUGUUCUGCAACGCGCGCUACUUUUCCGCGUGGCAUGACACCGACGUUGCGCAGGGCCGCCUGGGCGAGGCCUUCAUCUCGUGGUACUUUACCCUUGCGCACGAGCUCGCGCACAACCUCGAGUCGGCGCACAACGCGUCGCACGAGUUUUACUUCUCGUCGAUUUCCGAGGAGUACUUUGUGCGCUUUGCCAAGCUCAUGCAGGCAAGGACUGCGCUUCUGCGCUAGAGGCGGUUCACAGGCUGCCGCCAAGAAGCCAUUGUAGAAUUGUACCACUCAUAGUAGUUUGCAUCAUCAUCAAU